AAACUACUUCAAACAACCCGUCGUGCUUUCAUAGACUUUAAAUUUUUUAAUUCAAACAGCUUGUUAGAGUUUGAAAGUGAACCACGUUCAAAAUACAUUUAUUAAUUAAAAGUGACAGCUCUGCAGCACUGAAUCUACAAGCUAACUCAUGAUUGCAGAAUUUUUAUGAAGUCUACACUCUGAGGUUAAUUUCUCUGUUUCUGUUUUUCUCAGUUAAAACCAACAGAUGCCGACUUUAUUUGUGUUGGAAAUCUUUCAGUCGGUUUGGUGGUCGCAGAAGGCAUGGACUCACUCACACAGCAGAGAAACCACCAAUGUGAACGAUGUGGAAAGAGUUUCACUGACUCGGAUAUUUACAAGAGACACCUACGAGUCCACACCGGAGGGAAGCCAUUCAAGUGUGAUCACUGUGAAAAGGCUUUCACUCGCUUAAGUAGUUGCAAGAGACACCUACGAGUCCACACUGGAGAGAAGCCAUUUCAGUGUGACCAAUGUGGAGAGAGUUUCACUUGGUUAAGUAGUUACAAGUACCACCAGCGUGUCCAUACCGGAGAGAAGCAGUUGAAACCAACAGAUGCAGACUGUAUCACUGUCAGAAGUGUUGGAAAUCUUUCAGUUGGUUUGGUCGUCAAAGAAGGCAUGGACUCACUCUCACAGCAGAGAAACCAAUGUGAACAAUGUGGAAAGAGUUUCACUGACUCCGAUAUUUACAAGAGACACCUACAAGCCCACACCGAAGAGAAGCUUUUCCAGUGUGAUCACUGUAAAAAGGCUUUCAGUCGCUUAAGUAAUUACAAGAGGCACCUGCGAGUCCACACUGGAGAGAAGCCAUUUCAGUGUGACCAGUGUGGAGCCAGUUUUGCUUGGUUAACUAGUUACAAGGACCACCAGCAUGCCCACACCGGAGAGAAGCCAUACCAGUGUGACCAAUGUGGAAACAGCUUCACUCGCUUAAGUAGUUACAAGGACCACCAGCGUGUCCACACUGGAGAGAAACCAUACCAGUGUGAUCAGUGUGAAAAGGCUUUCAGUCGCCUAAGUGAUUACAAGAGACACCAGCUUAACCAUACUGGAGAGAAGCCACACCAGUGUGAACAAUGUGGGAAGAGUUUCUCUUGUUUAGGUGAUUAUAAAAAACACCUGCGGAUCCACACUGGUGAGAGGCCAUUCCAGUGUGAACAAUGUGGAAAAAGUUUCAGUUUGUUAAGUAGUUACAAGAAACAUGUACGUGUCCACACUGGAGAAAAGCCGUACCGCUGUGAACAGUGUGGGAAGAGUUUUAGUAGCCUAAGUUACUACAAGAGACACUUGCGUGUGCACACUGGGGAGAAGCCUUACCAGUGUGAACAAUGUGGGAAGAGGUUCGGUUUCUUAAAUGACUACAAGAAACACCUGCGUGUCCACUCUGGAGAGAAACCAUACCGCUGUAAACUAUGUGGGAAGAGUUUUAGUUGCCCAACUUACUGCAAGACACACCUGCGUAUACACACUGGGGAGAAGCCAUUCCGGUGUGAACAAUGUGGGAAAAGUUUCCGUGCCUCAAGUGAUUACAAGGCACAUCUCCGAGUCCACACUGGAGAGAAACCGUACUGGUGUUCCCGAUGUAAAAGAUUAUUUGCUUGGCCAAGUUCGUUAAAGCUACACUUGCACAUCCACACCAGAGAGAAGCCAUACCAGUGUGACCAAUGCGAAAAGAGUUUCAGUUACUUAUGUCAUUACAAGACACACCUACGCAUUCACACCGGAGAGAAGCCAUACCAGUGUGACCAAUGUGGACACAGUUUCAGGCUGUUAAGAAGUUACAAGGAACAUCAGCAUGUCCAUACCGAAGAGAAGCCAUACCAGUGUGAUCAGUGUGAAAAGGCUUUCAGUCGCCUAAGUAAUUACAAGACACACCUCCAAGUCCACACUGCAGAGAAGCCACAUCGGUGUGAACAAUGUGGGAAGAGCUUCCGUUUCUUAACUUCCUACAAAAGACACCAGCGUGUCCACACUGAAGAAAAGCAAUACCAGUGUGAUCAAUGUGGGAAGGGUUUCCGUUUCUUAAGUGAUUACAAGACACACCUGCGAGUCCACACUGGAGAGAAACCAUACCGCUGUGAACAGUGUGGGAAAAGUUUCCGCUUUUUGAGUGAUUACAAGAAACACUUGCGUAUCCACACUGGAGAGAAGCCAUAC